AAUUUACAAAAGAUAAACCCGAUAACAAAGAAAAUGUCAAAUGCGCUGCCAGGACCUCAAGCACAAGCAUUCUACAAUGUCUGCGUCAGUUGCAUUAGUCAGAUGAGGAUCGAGCUCGUCGAAGCAUUGGAGGAAGGCGAGAACUCUUCAGUGAAGCGACAAUUAACAGAAGAUGAGAAGAUUGCAAUAAAUAGCUUUGAUCUAUGGGCAAAGGGAUUAUUGGAGGUGGUGUGGCUGGGGAUUGUAGAGAAGGAUAAAAAAGAGCACCCCACUUCUAUGGAAGAGAUCCUGUCUAAAUUUACCGUACGCGAUGCACAAAGUCCUUUGAAAAAGCUUCCACCAACAUCUCGUGCCUCGCUACUCCGCACAUUCCUCCUCCUCAUAUUAACCACCGUUAAGCGAUACGAUGCGCGAACUCGCGUGCUCCUCCGUCGUCUUUCAGACUCGCUGCACCUUCAGUUUCCAUCCGACUAUGAGGAAUCCGUGGAACAAGCUCUCAAACACCCCGAUCAAGCCAUAAAGGCUACCAAGGAAGCAGCAGCAAAGCGGGAAGAGACGGGAAGGAUAUCCCGGAAUUGGAAAAUUGGGUUAGCAACCUUGGCGGGCGGUGUGGCGAUUGGGGUUACUGGUGGAUUGGCUGCUCCGCUUGUUGGAGCAGGACUCGCUUCGGUGUUAGGCGCCGUUGGGCUGAGCGGUACUGCAGCGGGGAUGAUGAUCGGAGGUUUGGCGAGCAGUGGCAUGGUCAUUGGCUCCCUGUUUGGGGCUUACGGAGGACAUAUGUCGGGCAAAAUGGUGGCGAAACGAACUCGAGAAGUCACUGAUUUCGAUUUCAAACCGUUAAAAGUGAACAGCCGGCUCCACGUUACAAUUGCUGUCACUGGCUGGCUCAACUCAGCGGACGACGUGGGAGAACCCUGGACGAUUGUUGAUGGUUCUGGAGAUGUCGAGGCUCUUCAAUGGGAAGUUCAAUCUCUUUUGGAACUUGGUCGCGCAAUGACAGCGAUGAUCAAGUCCCAGGCCAUAGGCUAUGUUAAAAGCGAAAUCCUUAAGCGAACCGUUCUGGCUUCCCUCAUGUCCGCACUGUGGCCGCUCAGCCUCUUGCAGGUCGGGAAACUGAUUGAUAAUCCAUGGUCAAAUGCUAUGGAUUUAGCCAAGAAAACUGGGGCAGUAUUGGCCGAUGUUUUAAUUGAGAAGGUCCAAGGAGAGCGGCCCGUUACUUUGAUAGGAUAUUCCCUGGGGGCCCGUACCAUCUUUUAUUGCCUUGUCGAACUCUCUCGCCGCAACGCGUAUGGCAUAGUGGAGCAUGCCUACAUGUUCGGACUUCCGGCGCCAGGAUCCAGAGAUUAUUGGCGGUCCAUUCGACGAGUGGUCUCAGGACGUAUCGUAAACGGCUACUCUACAAAUGACUGGCUCCUCGCCUUUCUCUAUCGCACAACGAACAUCAAAUACAUGGUACCCGGUCUCUCACCUGUUAAAGUCCGGGGCGUGGAAGAUAUUGACGUAAGCUCGAUUGUGGAGGGCCAUUUAAAGUACAGGGGGACGAUCGGACAAUGCUUGGCAUUGGCGGCUGCGGAGGACUUGAAUGGUCAGCAGAUUGAAGAACAGAAGAAAGUCCUACACGAGAUUGAGAGACAGGAGAGUGUGGAGGACGUCCCAAUGGAGGAGCUUGUGCAGGUUGAAUUGGAAAAGACCAAGGCUGACAGAGGUGACUCAGCACACUCCCUUCAAGAUCAAUCACAAAUUGGGCCUGCACAAUAGAGCCUCGGUAUAAACUAUAUUACGAAACCCCAACAAACAAACAAUGGUCAAUUUGACGAACUGUUAUAUGCAGCGCCCGUUGUGUCAAGUAACUCUUAUUGGCAUUAGAGAUCAAUAGAUUAUCUGUAUUCUACUGUCUCAAUUAGUGAGGUGAUGGGGCAUUCUCAUGGGGAUACAGAGAACGUAGGUGAGGCCACAGAAAACAACGCAAUCGCCAAAGAUUCUUGUAUAUUACGAAACAAAGAUAAAUAAAAGGUCUCUGCAGCUCCA